CCUCCCUUUUUUCUUCCUUUCCUUUGGGCCGGUCCAGUCUUGAACACGCCGCCCUGGCCACGCCGCCCGGCGCUGCUCCCUUCUCCCACAACUGAGCGGGCGGCUGGCCAGAAUGGAGGACAAGAGCUUCACCAAGGAGCUGGACCAAUGGAUCGAGCAGCUCAACGAGUGCAAGCAGCUGAGCGAGAGCCAAGUGCGGAGCCUCUGCGAGAAGGCUAAAGAGAUACUUACAAAAGAAUCAAAUGUUCAGGAAGUACGUUGUCCUGUUACAGUUUGUGGAGAUGUCCAUGGUCAAUUUCAUGACCUUAUGGAGCUCUUUAGAAUUGGCGGGAAAUCACCAGACACAAACUAUCUCUUCAUGGGAGAUUAUGUUGACAGAGGCUACUACUCAGUGGAAACUGUGACUCUUCUUGUGGCAUUAAAGGUGCGCUACCCAGAACGCAUUACAAUUCUGAGAGGCAAUCAUGAAAGCAGGCAAAUUACACAAGUAUAUGGCUUCUAUGAUGAAUGUCUACGGAAAUACGGAAAUGCCAAUGUUUGGAAGUAUUUCACAGAUCUGUUUGACUAUCUUCCACUUACAGCUCUAGUUGAUGGACAGAUAUUUUGUCUCCAUGGAGGUCUUUCCCCAUCUAUAGAUACACUGGAUCAUAUUAGAGCUCUUGAUCGUCUGCAGGAAGUUCCACAUGAGGGCCCAAUGUGUGAUCUGUUAUGGUCAGAUCCAGAUGAUCGUGGUGGCUGGGGGAUUUCUCCACGUGGUGCUGGCUAUACAUUUGGUCAAGAUAUCUCUGAAACAUUUAACCAUGCCAAUGGGCUUACAUUGGUGUCUCGUGCUCACCAACUUGUAAUGGAGGGUUACAACUGGUGUCAUGAUCGGAAUGUGGUCACCAUUUUCAGUGCACCCAAUUACUGCUAUCGUUGUGGGAACCAGGCUGCUAUCAUGGAACUAGAUGACACUUUAAAAUAUUCCUUUCUUCAAUUUGAUCCAGCGCCUCGCCGUGGAGAGCCUCAUGUUACUCGGCGUACCCCAGACUACUUCCUAUAAACAUCUCUUCCUCAGCCUGACCUUGAUCAGUAGUAGUACACCUCGCAAUUUUUUGAAAAGCAACAAUUUGUGAUAGGUUGAGGUCUGUCUCAGCGUAAAGCCUCUUCAUGGACCAAACUGUGCCAUAAUGAGGAUGAUGAGCUUUUGAGCACAACUUCAGAUGGACUUCAACGCACUAAUCAAUCCUUUAUCAGCCAAUCCAACAGCCAGUUUGCCUGCUGUAACUAUAGUAAUUGUUUUCUUCCGGACUAUUCAAAGAGGAAAGGUAACUAACAAACUCAUCUCCCUGUCAUGCUUACUUGUAAAUUUUAGUUGUAGUGUUUAACUGGCAUGUAUUAACAUUUUGAAGUUUAAGAAAAAUGCACAAACUAACUUCCUUCUUACGCCUAUCGCCCUCUAUUUUAUUGACAUAAGUAACUUAACUGCAGAAGAAAGUUCCUCUUGGGAGUAUGUUGUCAUAAGCUUUCCCUCCCUUUAAGCUAGAUUACUGUUCUGUGUUGAUCCUACCUUUUUCUGUAUAUUUGUCAAAGUGCUUGCAUCUUAUUUGAUGUAUUUGAGCAAAUAAACUUGCAGAUCAUUACUCCAAUCAGAUGGGUACACUGAAAUGAAA